AUGCAACUGGGCUGGGUACAUUAUGCUGUGGAUGAAAAUGCGUUUAGGAAAGAGCAUGAUGCAUUCUGGGACAAUUUAAUCGAAAGCGACAAAGAAUCUCCAAACAGAUCAUGGGUGGAUUGCCGUGUAUCUGAGUUUACUGACUGUCGCGGCUAUCUUGAACCUCCUUCACAAGAAUCUGGGAGAGUCAACUCGAGAGUAUAUCCUCCAUGGAAUGGCCGUAAAUGUCGCGAGGCUUAUCGGGAUGGAUCAUUUUGGGGACGAGAUGCCGAGGUCAGCAAUAAGAUCGUUGAGCGAGGACCAGCUACUUGUCCGACAAAGACUAUGGUGGACUCUCGUAAUUUGCGAUUGGUAUGA